CAUCACCACUCACCCUCCUCAACCACAAACCCACCCCUCACAAUGCCCCCCGAAAUCGUCCCCUCAGACGAAGAAGAGUACCUCUCAGACGAGGACUCCGAUUUCGCGCCCGACGCCGUCCCAGCACAACCAGACUCAGACUCCGAGCCCGAAGAAACCAGCGCACCACAGAAGAAACGCAAACGAGCAGCAGAAGAGGAACCCGAAGCCGAAGAUCUCGGCUUCGAGAACUCGGGUGAUGAGGCUAUCAUCGGCGAUGGGUUGAAAGAGAAGAAACGGCGGAAGAAGAAGGGGAAGAAGGAUGAGGAGGAUGAAGGGGGCGAGGGGGGUUUUGUUAAGACGAGGAGUAUGCGGGCUGUUGAAGAAGUCAAGAAAAAACCGCUGGCAAAUACAGCAGCCGCAACGAUAGAUGUAGACGCCGUCUGGGCUGCCAUGCUAUCUGGGAAACCGGUAGUGGAACAAACAUCCCAACCCCAAUCUCAAUCUCAACCUAGCACCGAACCACAGGAAGAGAUUCGAAAAGAAGUCCGCUCCCCAAGUACAACGUUCGGCGAGGAGCCCAAAUCAAUGGUCAUGAUAAAGCGGACAUACACAUUCGCAGGCAAAGUCCACACCGAGCAAAAACUCGUCCCUCGAAACUCAGCCGAAGCCCGACUAUUCCUCGAAUCCCAAUCCGCGCCCUCCUCCUCCAAAGAAAAAGAAAAAGAAACCGAAAAGGCACCUCCUGACCUCACACCCUCAACAACACACCCCAACAAACGACCCCUCAAACUCGCCCGCCGCUCCAUCUUCGAGCCCGUGCCCGAAAACUUGCCCCAGAGAAAAGAUCUCCAUUUCGGGAUCCGGCGCUCCGAGACGGGCGUCGCGCUGGUGGAGGUGCGGACGGGCAAGGAGAAGAAGCUGAAUACGGUGGAGAAGAGCGCGAUGGAUUGGGCGAGUUUUGUCGAUAAGGAGGGGAUUAAGGAUGAGCUUGAUGCGGCGGGGAAGAGUAAGGGGGCGUAUAAGGCCCGGCAGGAGUUUUUGGCACGGGUGGAGGCGAAGAAGGUCGAGGAUGAGAGAAGGGCGAGGGGAUUGCCUGUUUUGUAGAUGGGAGG